CGUUAAUAAUUCAAGGGGAACAACCCGCUCGUGGAACCGGGAACCGAGCCAUGACAAGUACCGGUAAGAUUGCGAAAGUAGUAGAUAUUCCUGAUUCCAAAGUUGUAAGUCACGUCAUUUCACAAUAUUUUUGGAUCAUGCAAAAAUUCAAGAAUUUAAUAGUUAUGAUUCGCAUUCGAAAAUACGGAAUUACUUUUGAUGAAACGUGA